AGAACUUUUUCCUUUUAUUUCGCUUAUGGGAAACUCAAUCAGUAAUGAAGAGAAAGGUAUAAGGAGGUUUUCUUCGUCUUCGCGCUCAAGGAAGAGUUCUCGCUCUUAUCGCUUCACGGGUUCUUCCAGCAACUCUUCUUUUUCUCCCAGCGCCAGCCAUAGUGAUUUAGAAAAUAAGCACGAAACUAUUCUCUAUCGAUUAAAACACAAGGCAAAUAGGUCCAGAGGACAUAGCCACACUACCAGUAGCAGCAGCAGUACUCAUCAUUUGCCUCGGAUAGAUCAAGACAAGCCAAUAAGCCCUGACUUGUCUAACCAUGAGAUGAUUGGAAAGUAUGCAGACAGUCAAAUGACACUAUUAAACACGAAAUAUCACCCGCUGGCCGGUAUAAAAGCACAUAACGACUCAUCCACCACAGUCAACUCUACAACCACUGUAAAUACACAUUCGUUCCCUCAACAAGAUCCAAAAUCCUUUUCUUGUGAAUUACUCUUGAAAGAACUCUACAUGUCUUGUGAAACAAGUCCUGAAAGAAGAAGAGAAAGAGAUAGACGACAUCGACAGCAUUAUUUAUUAAAGAGGAUUUGGGGCAGUAACUAUAAAAUACCCCUAAAAGACCCUUCUGUAAUCAUUGAUUGGUGUUGUGGUACAGCUGUAUGGGAUGUGGAAUUAGCAUUUGAAUUUCCCAAGGCACAGAUCAUUGGUAUUGAUUACGAAUCGUUUACUGUGUCUAGUUUGACCAAUACUGUCAAGAACUUUUCUUUUCAUAAUGCCUUAAUUCACGAAGGUCAACAUGGAUUUGAUGCAUUUGAAGAUAACCAAGUCGACUAUGUCAUGUUAAGAGAUACAUGGCUGUUAAACUGUUCUCUUGCUAAAUGGACCACCACAUUUAAAGAAAUUUAUCGCAUUCUUAAGCCAGGUGGACAUAUAGAGAUUUAUGAGCAAGAUAUGAGCUUUAAACCCAUAGGUCCAUAUCUUAACACACUCGAAAAUUGGGUAGCCAAUUUCUAUGCAACUAUUCAAUUUGAUCGUAAUACAAUUCACAACCUGGAAGGUAUUCUAAGCGAUUCAGGCUACACGAAUGUCAAGAAAGAAUCGGUUGAGGUUCCUAUUGGUGAAUGGCCUAAGACAGAAGAUUUAAAAGAAACAGGUUAUCUUCAAAAAGAUUUAACAGAGCGUGGGUUUAGAGAAGGAAAACGUUGGAUAUGCAAGAUCAAUCAAUUGUCUGAAAAAGAAUUCUCAAAUACACUUUCUGCAGCUAUGGAAGAAUGCGAUCAAUACGGCACUGUUGUCUCUAGUCUCUAUUACAGCGCUCAAAAACCACUUACUGUAUAUUAAAAAAUCACCUUCCCCUUUAUGUAUAUGUUCUCUUUCUUUCUCAUUGGCAUUUCUUUUCUUUUUAUGUGCAUAAUAAACAAAGCUAAAAAACGCGUUUUUUUUUUUCA